CUGCCGCCCGCGCCUCAUAAAAGCCGCCGCCGGGCGCCCCAGGGCGAGCCGGCCGGGCCGCGGCCGUGACGGGAUUGUGACGUGACGCGGCCGCGCCGUGACGUGGCCGUGACGCGCCGCCCGAGCCUGACGGGACGCGGACGCGGCGGGAGGUGACCGGCCGGGCGGGCGGGCGGCGGGGCGCGGAGCGGCUCCUGAGCGGCGUCGCCCGCCGCGGCGCGGGGACAAGAUGGUGAAGGAGACGCAGUACUACGACAUCCUGGGGGUGAAGCCCAGCGCGACGCCCGAGGAGAUCAAGAAGGCCUACCGGAAGCUGGCGCUCAAGUACCACCCCGACAAGAACCCCAACGAGGGCGAGAAGUUCAAGCUCAUCUCCCAGGCCUAUGAAGUGCUCUCCGAUGCGAAGAAAAGGGACAUCUAUGACCAGGGCGGCGAGCAGGCCAUCAAGGAGGGGGGCCUGGGCAGCCCCAACUUCUCGUCCCCCAUGGACAUCUUCGACAUGUUCUUCGGCGGGGGCGGGCGGAUGGCCCGGGAGAGGAGAGGCAAGAAUGUUGUGCACCAGUUGUCUGUGACUCUUGAAGAUUUAUAUAACGGAGUCACAAAGAAGCUGGCCCUCCAGAAAAACGUAAUUUGUGAGAAAUGUGAAGGGAUCGGGGGGAAGAAGGGCUCCGUGGAGAAGUGCCCGCUGUGCAAGGGCCGCGGGAUGCAGGUGCACAUCCAGCAGAUCGGCCCGGGCAUGGUGCAGCAGAUCCAGACCAUGUGCAUCGAGUGCAAGGGCCAGGGCGAGCGCAUCAGCCCCAAGGACCGCUGCGAGGGCUGCGGCGGCGCCAAGGUGGUCCUGGAGAAGAAGACCAUCGAGGUGCACGUGGAGAGAGGCAUGAAGGAUGGGCAAAAGAUUCUGUUUCAUGGAGAAGGCGAUCAGGAGCCCGAGCUGGAGCCUGGUGAUGUCAUAAUUGUGCUUGAUCAGAAGGAUCAUAGUGUCUUUCAGAGGCGAGGCCACGACCUGGUCCUGAAAAUGAAAGUCCAGCUCUCCGAGGCCCUCUGUGGCUUCAAGAAGACGGUAACCACCCUGGACGGCCGCGUCCUGGUUAUUACGUCCAAGUCAGGUGAGGUGAUCAAACACGGGGACCUGAAGUGCGUGCGCAACGAGGGGAUGCCCAUCUACAAGGCGCCCCUGGAGAGAGGCAGCCUGGUGGUCCAGUUCCUGGUCGUCUUCCCCGAGAAGCUCUGGCUCCCCCUGGACAAGCUGCCCCAGCUGGAGGCCCUGCUGCCCCCGCGGCAGAAGGUGACUGUCACGGACGACAUGGAGCAGGUGGAGCUGCAGGAGUUCAGCCCCAGCGACCAGAGCUGGCGCCAGCACCGCGAGGCCUACGAGGAGGACGAGGACGGGCCCCGGGGCGGGGUGCAGUGCCAGACGGCCUGACGGCGGCCGGGAACGCAGUGGCCUCGCUCCCGCAGCCGCGGUGGCCUGUGUGCGUGUUCAGCAUUCCCCACGGCUGAGUGUCUUUUUGGGUUUUCUUUUGGUUGUGACCUAAGUUAUAGCUUAAUUUAUAUUUAAAUGUUCUACGUGUAAACCUCCUCUAGUCUGCACAUGGAAUCUGUGUUCACAUGUUCAGGGCCCCCGGGGGUGCCGGUGACCACGCCGGCGUCUGCUCGCAGUGGCUUUGCCGUAACUCGGCCCGGCCCGGCCUCCGCCCCCUCCCUGCUCUCCGGGCUGCGAACGGCCCUGUGAGUCUAGGUUCUGGCCGAUCCUCGCGAACAAAAGCACACCUGUGGGCAGCCGGGGCUGCGGGCCGGCGUGGCUCCCGCUGCUCCGCACCCGAGGGCACGGACGGAGUGUGCAUCCGGUCCCCUCCGGGGAGCUGCCCGGGCCUCCAGCCGCGCGGGGACACCCGUGUGCGGGGGACCGGGUGCCGCGCUGGCCGUGCCCUCGCUCCUUGUUGUUUGUGGUUUUGACGAUUUUCUGUUGACGUUUGCAAUGCUCUCCCACCAAAGUGCUUCCUUGUCAGAAGGUGAAACCUCCCGGGCCCGGGCCGAGGCUGGGGGAGAACGGGGGCUGGCCCAGGGCUCGGCCGCUCCCUGGAUGGCCCCAGGGUCCGGGGAGGCCGGGUUCCCACCUCAUCCUCCCAGACGCAGCCUCUCCCCGCGCAGCCAUGGAGGGCUCCUGCUCGCUGACGUCUGGGGCCCACACUGACCGCUGCCCUGUGGGCGCCGCUGCGAGGGGCGGCCUGCGGGGGGGCUGUCGGGCGUUAACUCAUUCCUGGCAGGUAGACGAGGCUCACACUGAGGGUCACCUCGCCUUUAGCUGUACUGACCCGCUCCCUCCCCGAAGUCCCUAGAAAUACCACCUUCUAAACCGCUGCGUCAGCAGAGGCCACUGGGCCUCCCACCCUCACCUGGUCACGGGCACCGUGGCUCCGGCCAGGACCCUCCGGGAGGUCGGCAGGCGGAGCAGUUUGCUGGCAGUGGACACAGAAGGGCCCCUGAGCCCUGUGGUCACUGUCAGGACGGACGUGGGACCUGGUCUUCCCCACCAGCCAGGGGACACCCAUCGCCGAGGGCCACGGCGUCACCUCCGAGGGCAUCGCCGCGGGAGGCGCGUGGCCGGCGACGGGCAGCAUGGCGCCCGCUCCGCCCGGUCGUGGAGAUGGGAUUGGAGGGUGUUGCUGGGACUGUCCCACCUGUACCUGUCGCGUCACCAUUAAAGUUGGGCUGCGGGAG